AUGAAGAAGGAGGAUAGGAGCAAGACCUCGUUUAUAACCCCGUGGGGGACCUUUUGCUACAAGGUGAUGCCUUUCGGUCUGAAAAACGCCGGGGAAACAUAUCAAAGGGCCAUGGUCGCGUUAUUUCACGACAUGAUGCACAAGGAGAUCGAGGAGUAUGUAGACGAUAUGAUUGCGAAAUCAAGACGAGGCGAAGACCAUGUCGAAGUUUUGCAGAAGUUGUUUGAUCGCCUCCGAAAGUUUAAGUUGCGCCUCAAUCCCGCGAAAUGUGUAUUUGGGGCAAAGUCUGGAAAAUUAUUAGGGUUUAUAGUUAGUAACAAAGGCAUCGAGAUUGACCCGUCGAAGCAAGGCCAUUUUUCAAAACUCUUGAAGAACAACGCGAAAAUCGAAUGGGACGCCGAAUGUCGGGAUGCCUUUGAAAAGAUAAAGUGUUAUCUGAGUCAUUCCCCGAUCUUGGUCCCGCCAGUGCCCAAAGUUCCAUUAAUUUUGUAUCUAACUAUCCAUGAUGAAUCACUGGGAGCCAUGCUGGCCCAAAAAAGGCCGAACGAUGGGAAGGAACGCGCAAUAUAUUAUCUCAGCAAGAAAUUCACUACCUCCGAGGUGAACUAUCCGGAGGUUGAGAAGACGUGCAUAGCCUUGGUCUGGGUGUUGCACAGGCUACGCCAAUACACCCUCCAUCACCAAGUUCUGCUAGUAACUGAGAAUAAUCCCAUCAAGUAUCUCUUAGAGAAGCCAGCCUUGGUGGGGAAGCUGGCCAAGUGGCAGAUUCUAAUUUCAGAAUUCGACGUGCAAAGCUUGGGGCAAAAGUCCGUAAAGGGCAGAGCCAUAGCGGACAUGCUAGCGGAAAAUCUUGAAAAAGCGGAAGACCCCGAUGAAGAUGGUGACAUGGAUAGGCAGAUCUUAUUUACGUCGAAUGACAAAUGGACUAUGUACUUUGAUGGUGCAGUCAACUUAUCUGGUUCCGGUACUGGGGCAGUUGUCGUCUCCCCGGAUAGUCAGCACCACCCUGUGGCUGCCAAAUUGACUUUCCCUUGCACGAAUAACAUCGUGGAAUACGAAGAGUGUAUCCUUGGCCUUCAAGCUGCUAUUGACAUGGGGAUCCAAAAAUUGCAAGUCUAUGGCGAUUCGGCCCUCAUUAUCCUUCAAACCAAAGGCAAGUGGCGAACGCGGGAUCCAAAACUAGUCCCGUAUCAUGAGUUUCUGGAAGAGCUGGCGAAAGAAUUCCAAGAAAUAUCAUUCGAUUACCUACCCAAGUCUCAGAAUCAGUUCGCUGAUGCUUUAGCCACAUUAUCGUCAAUGCUGCAAGCAACAAAAGGCUUGGACAUCGAACCAUUAAGGAUUGAAAUCCUUAAGCGUCCGGCCUAUUGUAUGAUAAUUGAAGAAGAGCCUGAUGGAGAAUCAUGGUACCAUGACAUUCUGAAUUACCUGCAGAAAGGUGAGUUCCCUCAAGGAAGUGAAGCAUCAGACAGGAAAUAUCUGAUGAAGCUGGCCUCAAAAUUCUUCAUUAGCGGGGAUGCACUUUACAAAAGAUCUAAUGACUCAGUGUUACUGAGAUGUAUCGACGCGAAAGAGGCCAAUCGUUUGAUGAAAGAGAUACAUGAAGGGGAAUGUGGCCCCCACAUGAACGGCCAUCUCCUAGCAAAGAAGAUCAUGCGACUCGGGUACUAUUGGUUGGCCAUGGAGUCUGAUUAUAUUCAGCAUGUGCGAUGCUACCAUCGAUGUCAAAUUUAUGGAGAUAGGAUUAAUGCUCCGUCGAACAAACUCCAUCAGAUGUCUCAAGCUUGGCCGUUUUCCAUGUGGGGGAUAGAUAUAAUUGGACCGAUCAACCCUAAGGCAUCAAACGGACACAGAUUUAUCUUAGUAGCAAUCGACUACUUUAUGAAGUGGAUUGAGGCCAAUUCAUAUGCUAAUGUCACCGCAAAGAACGUGGCCAAGUUCAUUCGCCGCGAUAUCAUCGCCCGUUACGGAGUUCCGAAAGCAAUCAUCACUGACAAUGGCUCCAAUUUGAACAACAAGAUCGUGGAUGGAUUGCUCGAUACAUUUCGGGUCCGGCAUAUGAAUUCAUCACCAUAUCGCCUUCAAAUGAAUGGGGCAGUCGAAGCGGCAAACAAGAACAUAAAGAAGAUCUUAUCAAAGAUUGCUGAGAAUUAUCACGAUUGGCAUGAAAGACUUCCAUAUGCAUUGAUGGCAUAUCGGACAUCGAUCCGCACCUCGACUGGAGCAACUCCUUUUUCGUUAGUAUAUGGAAUGGAAGAGGUCCUACCCGUGGAAGUCGAAAUUCCGUCCUUAAGGGUUCUCUCUCAGGCAAAGCUUGAUGAGGCCGAAUGGGUACGACAAAGGCAUGAACAGUUGAACAUGAUCGAUGGGAGCAGAUUACAAGCCAUAUGUCACGGUCAAUGCUAUCAGAAACGAGUAGCGAAGUCGUUCAAUCGAAAAGUUCGUCCCCGACACCUCAAAGUCAACGACUUGAUAUUGAGGAAGGUGAUAUCAAUUGUACGUGACCCUCAUGGCAAAUUUGCCCCGACUUAUGAAGGCCCUUAUAUCAUCAAAAAGAUCCUGCCAGGUGGUGCUUUAGUGUUAGUGGAAAUGGAUGGCCACGAGUUGUCAAAACCUGUAAACUCUGACGCAGUCAAGAAGUAUUUUCCAUAA